AGCAAAACACUUUAUUUUCAAAACAGAGAGAGAGAGAGAGUCAUUCUCUUCCUCUGACACAAGACGCAUAGAAAGAAAAGAAAAAAACAGAGCAAAAUAAACAUGAAAAGCGGAGGAGGAAACACAAGCACGAAGCUCAUACUUGUUCAUCCAUACAUUCAAAAACAAACAAGCACAAAUCGGCUAUGGCUUCUCGCUUUCGUCUCGUUCUUCACAAUCGCUUUUCUCUUAACUCUGCUCUACACCACCGACUCCAUCAUCCCUACCAAAAACAGCUCCACCGUCUCCUCCGCUGUCAAUUCCGCCGUCUCCUCCGCUCCGAUCACUCAGUUGCCAACUAGCGCCAUCAAUGCUCUGCUUCACUACGCGUCGAGAUCUAACGACAGCUUCCACAUGUCUUACGGCGAGAUGAAAUCGAUCUCCGAUGUCCUCCGCCGCUGCGCUCCGCCGUGCAAUCUCCUCGUUUUCGGUCUAACUCACGAAACCCUUCUCUGGAAAUCGCUAAACCACAACGGUCGGACCGUAUUCAUCGAAGAGAACCGGUAUUAUGCUGCUUAUUUCGAAGAGAUCCACCCGGAGAUUGAAGUCUUCGAUGUUCAGUACACGACCAAAGCGCGUGAGGCGCGUGAGCUAGUGUCUUCCGUGAAAGAGGCGGCGAGGAACGAGUGUCGUCCCGUGCAGAAUCUCCUCUUCUCCGAUUGCAAAUUGGGUCUCAACGAUUUGCCCAAUCACGUCUAUGAUGUUGAUUGGGAUGUGAUCUUAGUCGAUGGGCCACGUGGCGACGGUGGAGAUGUACCGGGAAGGAUGUCGUCGAUUUUCACGGCGGCAGUUCUUUCCCGGAGCAAAAAAGGCGGCGGUAACCCAAAGACGCAUGUGUUCGUUCACGAUUAUUACAGAGACGUCGAGAGGCUCUGCGGAGACGAGUUUCUUUGCCGGGAGAAUCUCGUGGAGUCUAACGAUAUGCUUGCGCACUACGUGUUGGAGAGGAUGGAUAAAAACAGCACGCGGUUCUGUCGUGAUCGUAAGAAACGCUCUGUUUCUCCAUCGCCUUGAGUUAAAUAUCAUUUUGCGUUAAAAUCUCGUGGAGAGUCAAGAGUCAAUUAGACAGACGGUGGUGAUUGACACGGCAAUCGCGGAGGAGUUUGUGUAAAAUAAAAACCUUUUUUUUUCUACCUUUUCAUCUUUUUCUCCUGCUGUAAUUUCUAAAUCUUUGACCCAUGUGAAAAUUCAACCAGAAGAAGUAAAAUUUAAACAUUAAAAAAAAAUUA